UUCGACCAAAAAUCAGUUCGAGCGGUGACGAGUUUCACGCGCAACUCUCUUUCGUUUUAUCAGUUUUCUGUCCAAAAGAUCAAAAUCGGAACCCUAAAAAAUAGCAAAAAAAUGUCGAAUGCAGAGAAAAAACUGGAAGCAUCUUCUACUGCACCGCCACCGCCAUCGCCGCCGUGGGUUGAGCUUCCGGCGGAAAUCACGAUAGACAUUCUCCAACGGCUAGGGACGAUAGAGAUAUUGGAGAGUGCGCAGAGGGUUUGUAGUACGUGGUGGAAAGUGUGCCAUGAUCCCGCUAUGUGGCGUGUUAUUGACUUGAAACGUGUCGUUUGUAGAUCCAAAUUGGCCUAUGUGUUGGAGAAGAUAUGCCGUCUUGCUGUGCGUCGUAGCCAAGGCCAGACUUUCAAAAUUAGCAUAGACAAUUUUGGUAAUGAACGCUUGCUCAGCUACAUUGCUUCGAGAUCAAGCCAGCUCAGGCAUCUCCGACUUGUUAAGUGUUAUAAUCGGUUAUCUGGGGGUUUGGCUUCAGCUGCGAAGAACUUCCCAUUUUUGGAGGCGUUGCAUAUUUACUUCACCUCCAUUACUAAAGAUGAUAUAGAAAUUGUUGGCCGCUCUUGCCCUUUGCUCAAGUCUUUUGUAUUGCAUGCCAGUCCAUUUGAUAAAGUUAGAACUCCACCAUCACAAGACAAUGAUAAAUCUGUAGCCAUUGCCAGAUGUAUGCGUGGAUUGCGGCAUCUUGCCCUUAUUGAAAAUAACUUGACAAAUGAAGGACUUCAGGCCAUUCUUGAUGGCUGUCCACACCUUGAAUCACUUGACUUGCGCUGCUGCUGUUGUAUCGAUCUUGAAGGGGAUUUAGGAAGAAGGUGUAGCCAACAGGUUGUAGAUCUAAAGAAGCCUAGUGACUCUACUUGCGAUUAUGAAUUUGAUUGUAAAAUUAGGCAUUAUCGGUCUUUUGAGGAUUACUGCCGAUCUAGGUUCUCCAACUACAAUCCUUCCAUCGUCGGGGACAUUCAUGAGUAUGAUUAUUAUUUUUGACUCUAUGUAGCAGCAACUACGUCGAUGAAGCUGGGAUCUUUUAUUGUUUUCAUGUUCAAAAUGAAACUUCGCUAAUGGCAAGAACCCAAAUUAUCAGUGGCAUCACUUAGAGCAUGAAACUGUAAGGUCCUCUCAAGCAGUGAGAGGAGCCAGGGUUGAAGAAUGCGUAUUUAUCGGCAGAGUGGGGUUCGUUUAGCAAGCAGUCUUGUUGCUUGAAAGCACACACAACACUCAAUAGGAAUUUGAGUGUGAAAGCAGUCUGCUCAUGCCCAGCGGACCAAUUUAUGAUGUCUUUGUCGCUGAUGUUCGUUAAGCAGGCCACGUGGAUUGGCUAGGGUCUUUUUCGGCUAAUAAAUCCUUGAUCCUAAAGCCUUCAAAGUAUCUUUUUGGUAGGUGCCUCUAUUUGUACGGGGAAUUUGCUGCUAAAACAUCUCCCCUAGCUUCCUGCUGCCUUUCGAUCCGCAGGAGAAUACAUUUACGAUGUCCCUGACACUGAUGUUUUUCAAGCAGGCCACGUGGAUUGACCCCCAGGGUCGUCUUCGGCCAAUGUGAACUAUCUGAAGGAAGGGUAUGGAGUUGAUCUUCGCACUGAUCUCUAAGCGCUAAUUGACCCUUCUCCGGUUUCUUGAAGCGGGGAGGAACUUCCUGAUGAAACUAUUUCCGAGUUUUGGAUGCUUGCUAAAUUUGCUUCUGAUCUUGAUAAAGCUACUCAGAAUCAUCUCAAUCCCGAAGCAUUUGAAGUAUCUUUUGGUAGGUCCCUUUAUUUGUAUGUGUAACUCGCUUCUGAUAGAUCUUGCUUAGUGGGAGAGAAAAAGAAGUAAUAACUGCUGUCAGUAUAGUUUACUUUUGUCAGUUGAAGGUAUAUAAUACUAUGGUUUGUUUUUGUCAGCUGAACUGUUUGCUUCAAGAACACAUUUCUGUGCUUAAAGAAAUAACGUUUUGUUAAGUUUUUC